GUUAUGGCUGCUACUGCUCGGUGUGAAGAGAUAGCCAACCAGAAAUUCAGUCAGUUGAUCCUCGAUGAGGAUUGGUUGGCAUUGGAAGAAGCUGUCCAAAUUGGCCCCGCACAAGGUUUUGGUAAAAGGCUCAGCUCCAUUUUAAGCACCUAUCUUUCUAAAUAUGACAUAGAGGCCACCAUCUACUUUGACGAAGGUGCAAGGAACUCAAAACGACAAUUGUUGGAGUCGAAAGCGUUGGAUUUUGUUUACCCUGCAUACAUGACCAUGUUGGGACAUGUACGUUCCAAAGCGCUUGAAGAUUUUAAAGUGAGGCUGGAGCAAUCAUUAAACAAAGGAAGAGGAUUUGCUACAUAUGUUCGUAUCUGUACUCACUCUUCCAUGCUUGAGUUUGACAAAGGAUGUGCAGAUGCUGCUGUAAUACAAGCUAAUUGGGAUGCUUCAAGAGUUCGCGAAAAACUUCAACGUGAUAUAGAUGCACAUGCAUCAUCCGUUUGUAGUGCAAAGUUGUCAGAAUUGAAUGUCAACUAUGAGCAACAACUGUCUGCGUCUUUAACUGGACCAGUAAAGACUCUACUUGAAACUGGUGGAAAAGACAUUUGGGCUUCAAUAAGAAAACUUCUUAAUCGUGAAACUGAAGUUACUAUAUCAGAGUUUUCAACUGUAGUUGCCGAUUUUGAGUUGGACGAAGCAACAAUUGCCGAAAUGUUGCAACAUUUAAGGGAUUACUCAAGGAAUGUGGUGGAGAAAAAGGCAAGGGAAGAGGCUACGAAAAUUAUGAUCCACAUGAAGGAUCGGUUUUCCACAGUCUUCAAUUAUGACAGCGAUUCAACGCUUCGGGUUUGGACUGGUAAAGAAGACAUUACAAGUAUUACGAAGGAUGCUCGCUCUGCGUCUAUGAAGCUUUUGUCCGUCAUGGCUGCCAUCCGCUUGGAUGAGCAGCCAGGUCAUAUUGAAAAAGUUCUCUUUUCCUCUCUAAUGGAUGGAGCUGUUACUGUUUCAUCUUCACAAGAUAGGGAAAUCGGAGCCUCUGUAGACCCUUUCGCCUCAAGCAAUUGGGAAGAGGUUUCUUCAAAGAAUACCUUAAUUACACCAGUGCAGUGCCAGUCCUUGUGGAGACAGUUCAUAGCGGAGACUGAGAAUAGUGUCACUCAAGCUAUUUCAGCACAUGUUAUGGCUGCUACUGCUCGGUGUGAAGAGAUAGCCAACCAGAAAUUCAGUCAAUUGAUCCUCGAUGAGGAUUGGUUGGCAUUGGAAGAAGCUGUCCAAAUUGGCCCCGUACAAGGUUUUGGUAAAAGGCUCAGCUCCAUUUUAAGCACCUAUCUUUCUAAAUAUGACACAGAGGCCACCAUCUACUUUGACGAAGGUGCAAGGAACUCAAAACGACAACUGUUGGAGUCAAAAGCGUUGGAUGUAUGGCUACUCUCUUCGUCUCUCUAA